AUGUCACGAAUGUGGGAGGUCGACCCGGAGACGAAGGCCAAGCUCCUUCAAUACUCGAAAGUCAAUGGAAAUGACCGAUGUUGCGACUGUGGCGCGCCUUCUCCCCAAUGGGCUUCGCCAAAAUUCGGAACCUUUAUCUGUCUUAACUGCGCAGGCACCCAUCGCGGGCUGGGUGUGCACAUCUCUUUCGUCCGAUCAAUCACAAUGGACGCCUUCAAGAACUCCGAGACACAUCGCAUGGAAUUAGGGGGGAACGACCCCUGGAAGGAAUUCUUUGACUCGCACCCAAUCACACAAUCUGAGGGCCGCACAUUCGAAGAUUCAACGAUUAAAGAGCGAUACGAGGGCGAGGUCGGCGAGGAGUGGAAGGAGAGACUCAGCGCUAAAGUCGAGGGGCGGGAAUACGUACCUGGCCAACGGCCAGCGCAGCCGGCAAAGAAAAGCUCCGUUGACGUCGGAAGCUCAAGAUCAAGCACUCCUCUUUCGAAUUCAGGUCCCGCGAGGGGCUCCUCGUCAUCCCCCGCUUUACCAGAGGGUCUUGGUGGGGUUGAGGGUGCUGCGAGUCGGAAAGCACGCAACGAGGCAUACUUUGCAAAAAUGGGGUCUGAUAAUGCGAACCGGUCGGAAUCGCUCCGCCCUUCUGAGGGCGGCAAGUUCACUGGAUUCGGCGGAGGAUUGCCUGUGGAGGAGACACCGAAAUCAAGGGGGGGUAACGGGAUGCCGGCCUUCGAUGACUUCCAGAAGGACCCUAUGGCAGCGUUGACGAAGGGCUUUGGCUGGUUUACGACGACUGUUGGCAAGAGCGCAAAGACAGUCAAUGAUUCGUUUAUCCAGCCCACCGCGAAGACUCUCGCUGAAUCCGACUUCGCCGCCCAGGCGCGCCAACACGCCACUCAGUUUGGACAAAAUAUCCAAGUUGGUGCCCGCGGCGCCGCAGACUCCUUCAACCGCUUUGUCGAGGGUUCAGACACCCCGGCCGCCCGGCGCGGACGCGCCGAGCCCGAGCGCAAGGACUUCUGGGACGACUUCUCUUCACUAGGCGCUCAAGACAAUCACCGCCGGAAUGCGUCCCGAUCAGGCGCUCUUGGGACGGCAGCGAUGAAACCAGGCCCAGGUGCUCCGUCGUCAGCCACGGCGUCAACGUCUAUUGGCUCCGGACCGGGCUCUACCCCGGUAGGCUCAGGCGCGGGCACCGGGAGAGGAUCAUCUCCGACGCCCGCAUCAAGAAAGAGUCAGGAUGAUGGAGCGUGGGAUGAUAAUUGGUGA